AUGAGUGUAGUUUCUGUCUUGGAUUCUGGUGCUUCCCAUCAUAUGUCUCCAGAUUCCUCAUCUUUUACCUUUGUAUCCCCUUUAUCCUCCAUUCCUGUUAUGACUGUUGAUGGCACUCAUAUGACCUUAGCAGGUGAUCUGCAGUCUGAGAAGCUAAUUAGGACAGGCCGUAGGGAGAAUGGACUAUAUAUUUUGGAUGAGCUAAAAGUGCCAGUUGCUGCCACUACUGCUGCUGCUGCUACUAGUACUGGUACUUUACUCUCUGGCACACCUGAAGCUCCAUUCUCAUUUACAGCCCCUCAAACUUCAUCUGAGAUUGUGGAUCCACCUCCAUCUUUUAUUCAUUGUUUCUAUGAGUCAUCUUCCUAUAAAGAGGCAAUUAUUGAUCCGCUUUGGCAGCAAGCUAUGGAUGAGGAACUUUCUAUUAAGACUAAUUUUAAUGGGUCUAUUGAGCGAUACAAAGCUAGGCUAGUUACAAAAGGAUACUCUCAACAGUAUGGUAUGGACUAUGAGGAGAUAUUUGCCCCAGUUGCAAAAAUGACAACUAUUCAUACUCUUAUUGUUGUAACUUCAAUUCGUCGUAUCAUUCUGUCUUUAUAUAUCGAUGACAUGAUUAUUACUGGUGAUGAUGACAUUAAUGAUAUUUCAGUUUUAAAGACAGAGUUGGCUUGA